AACCGUGUGUUCCCCACCCCAAAAUAUUCGGCUUCCGGUUUCUUCUUCAAAUUCCUCAAGCUUUAGCCGACUCUCCAAACCCUAUAAAGAAAAACAAAACAAAAAACCCCUUCACCCAAAACCCAAGUCUUCGUUUUGCUCUGAAGAUAUGAGUUACUACAAUCAGCAGCAGGCUCCAGUUGGUGUUCCUCCUCCACAGGGUUAUCCUCCUAAGGAUGCUUACCCUCCACCUGGAUACCCUCAACAAGGAUACCCUCCUCAACAGGGGUACCCUCCACAAGGGUAUCCUCAGCAGGGCUACCCACAACAAGGGUAUCCACCACAACAGGGCUAUGCUCAGCCUCCUCCUCACCAGAGCAGCUCUGGUUGCCUUGAAGGAUGUCUAGCGGCGCUUUGCUGUUGUUGCAUGCUGGAUGCUUGCUUCUGAGAAGAUUUGAUGCUUCUUCACUGAACAUUGCUUGAUUGAUCAACAUUGCUUCGUCGCGGGGUGACAUGUCAUUGAAGUUUACAUUUAGGAUCAAGUAAUACUGUCUGAUGUUUGGUGGUGCUGUUUAGUUUGGGAUUAUGUAAUGCAGACUCUCUAGGUGAACAUUUUUUCUCUUUCAAUUGAAUAAUAGUAGGUCAUGUUUAUUUUGGAUAUUGUGAUUAAUCAACUUUGUAGUCGACUAUUGUUCUAUCAGCUAAAUGAAUCUAAUUACAUUGUCCUUUAAUUUUCUUA